AUGGAGAACCAUGAGCAGAUGGAGAAGAACGAGGUGGGGCCCAUGGCUAUAGAGGCGGAGGAGGAGGCCGGAGAGGUGGGGUCCAGCUUGACCCUGGAGAGGGUGGCUGCAGCCAAGCAGUUCAUAGAGAGCCACUACAAGGCUCAGAUGAAGCACAUCCAAGAUCGUAAACAAAGGCGCUCAGUGCUGGAAAAGAAGUUGGCAUCUGAACGUGUGCCAGAACAGGAACAGAUCCAUAUGUUGAAGGAUUUGGAGCGCACAGAGACUGAAUACAUGCGCCUUAAAAGGCACAAGAUUUGCGUUGAUGAUUUUGACCUUCUGGCAAUAAUUGGGAGAGGGGCCUUUGGAGAGGUUAGACUCUGUCGGGAGAAGAAAUCUGGCAACAUUUAUGCCAUGAAAAAGUUGAAGAAGUCAGAAAUGCUCAGUAGGGGGCAGGUUGAACAUGUUAGAGCUGAAAGGAAUUUGCUUGCAGAGGUUGCUAGUCACUGCAUUGUGAAACUCUACUAUUCCUUUCAAGAUGCUGACUACUUGUAUCUAAUCAUGGAGUAUCUACCUGGUGGUGACAUGAUGACUUUGCUUAUUAGGGAAGAGACUUUGACUGAAACUGUUGCAAGAUUUUACAUUGCCCAAAGUGUUAUGGCUAUAGAAUCUAUCCAUAAACAUAACUACAUUCACAGAGACAUAAAACCAGACAAUCUUCUGUUAGACAAAAAUGGUCACAUGAAGCUCUCUGAUUUUGGUCUUUGCAAGCCUCUUGACUGCUCAAAUUUGUCAUCCAUAAAUGAAAAUGAAGUACUAGAUGAUGAGAACCUACAUGAGACAAUGGAUAUUGAUGAAUCCUACCCAGAAUCCAAAAAUGGGAGGCGCUGGAAAAGCCCGCUUGAGCAACUUCAACAUUGGCAAAUAAACAGAAGAAAACUGGCAUUCUCAACAGUCGGAACUCCGGAUUACAUCGCUCCAGAAGUAUUGUUGAAGAAAGGAUAUGGCAUGGAGUGUGACUGGUGGUCACUUGGUGCAAUAAUGUAUGAGAUGCUUGUUGGUUAUCCCCCAUUUUACUCUGAUGAUCCAGUGACAACAUGCAGAAAGAUUGUACAUUGGAAAAAUCACUUAAAAUUUCCAGUGGAGGCAAGGUUGACACCUGAAGCAAAGGAUCUGAUCAGUAGGUUCCUUUGUGAUGUUGAAAAUAGGCUUGGUAGAGCAGACCAAAUUAAGGCUCAUCCUUGGUUCAAAGAUAUUGCUUGGGACAAACUUUAUGAGGUGGAGGCAGCAUUUAAACCAGAGGUCAAUGGGGAACUCGAUACUCAAAAUUUUAUGAAGUAUGAUGAGGUGGAUCCACCAGCAACAGGAAGAACAGGAUCUGGACCAAUGAGAAAGAUGUUGUUGACUCCUAAAGAUCUAAGUUUUGUUGGCUAUACAUACAAGAAUUUUGAGGCUGUCAAAGGGUUACAUCAAUCUUCUGAUCUAAACAGGAGUGCAUCACUGAACCGAUCAUCUAUUGACUCUUCUCAAAGUGAUUCGGCACUGGACUACUCCACUAGGUAUUCAUACAGCGACAUGGAAGCUCAGGUGCUUGCUGCAUCAGAGGAUGUCAUGUCAGAGUGA